UUUAUCACCAUAGCAACGUUAGCGACCAAAUUUGAGCGGCGGAGCGAAAAUAAAACGUUGAAAAUUUGUUGGAUUUUUGGAGAAAGUUUUGUAUUAUUCGUACUAUUUAUUGAUGAAAGAUGACCGUAAUGUACCUAGCCGUAUCGCCGGCGUUUAAUUGUAGUUAAAUUAUUUGUAAAUUUUGAAAAACCGAGAACUUUGCAGCGGAGUUUUGCCAACAUGGAGUUUAGUGACCCACGUUUUGACUUCUUGUCAGACUAUGUCUUGAAGAGCAUGAAGCUCAAGAACGAUAAAUGGGCGAAGAUGGAAGGCAAUGAGGAAUACAGGCAACAAAUUUUGAACUUCUUUGAGAAGCCAGAUCUACAUUUGCUUGUCAUAAUGCAAAAUGCCGCAGGACAACUUCAACCGCUUCACGAUUUUCCACUAACUUUGAAAACGAAAGCCGUCUACAUUACGAAGAAAGAAAAAUCUGGAACUAUUGGAAAAGACAAUGUUAAAACAGCCUUAGCUUUUGGGGAUUUGUCCUACACUCCACCAGAGCAGCUUUUUGCACUGGUUGAAGAGAUUCUUGUCCCACUAUUAUCGAAUCAACGAAAUCACGAACAAUGGCCGGCGGUCGUAUCACAUGAUGUUCUUCGUCAUGUUAACUCACUCAAAAGCAAUGUUUUUGUUAUUGCUGGCCAAGUUAAAGGAAAAACAUUGUUGCCAUUGCCAGUGGGAUCAGACCAGGUCUCCGAUGCUUGUGAAGCUGAUGAAAGAGGAGAGCAAUUUGACAGAAGUUUGGUCCAUUCAAUUGAAUCAAUAAUCAUCGACUGGUCUCAUCAGAUACAGAAUGUUCUCAAAAGGGACUCAGCGCAGCCACUUCUUGAAGGAACCAAUCCUGGUCCUAUGGUUGAACUAGACUUUUGGAAAGCAAGAGCUGACAAUCUUGAGUGCAUAUUUGAACAGCUGAGAGAUGAUCGUGUCAGGAGUAUGGCAGAACUUUUAGAGAAGACACAAAGCAGCUAUUUCCUGGCUUUCAAGACAAUAUUCAGAGAAGUUAUAUCAGCAUUGGAAGAGGCUCGUGAUAUAAACACCUUCCUUAAGCCCCUGAGACGGCAAUUGGAAGACAUGGAACAGUAUGACUUCACAGAGAUUGAGAAAGUCUUGCCGGCUCUCAUGCACACAAUUGGUUUAAUUUGGGCCAACUCGAAGUUCUAUUGUCGUCCAGCGAGGAUUAUUGUUCUGCUUCAAGAGAUGUGUAAUAUGCUCAUUGACAUGGCUCGCAUGUUCCUCGACCCGGCUGAAAUAUUCAAAGGCGAGGCUGAAGAAUCGCUGGAGAAGACGCAAGUUGUGUUGAACGUUUGCACGAUGUGGAAGGAUCUUUUCCUCAACACAAGAGCGAACAUGAGCCAGCUGUUCAAGGAUCCGGAGAAUGUCAAGAACUGGGAGUUCGCGAAUGAACUUGCGUUUGCGAGGUUGGACAAGUUCGUGGAACGUGUCGCUGUUGUCGAGGAGCUGUUCUCCACCGCGAUUGAGUUUUGUAAGCUGGAGAAGGUCGAGAUUGGUGGAAUUAAAGGAAAAAUGUUGAGUCACCAAGUCGUGGAAAUCUUCGAAGAGUUCACGGAAUAUUUUGCUGUUUUUGGAAACAGAACGUACGAUGGCCUGGACGCCACGAACAAGGAGUUUGUUGAUGAUUAUAACGAGUUCACGAGCAAGAUUGCUGAUCUCGAUCGACGGCUGGCGUCUGUUUUAUGUCAAGCAUUUGAUGACAGCUGUGGAACUCUGGGUGUCCUGAAGCUCCUUGAUUGCUUCGGUUCGCUCAUGGAUCGGCCUCGCAUCCACGCAGACUUCGAGCACAAAUAUCCGGUGCUUUUGACAAUGUUUGAGGACGAUCUUGACACAUCCAAGAUCAUAUACGACCAACAACAAACAUACGAAAGCAAUGAAGAAACGCUGCCCAUCAACAAGAACAAACCACCCAUUUCAGGCUGUCUGAAGUGGGCUCAGGAACUCAGAGAGAGAAUUAAGACUCCAAUGAAUAGCCUGAAGUUAUCUCUAAAUCACGGCAUUCUUGAAAGCGCUGAGGCGAUGAGCAUUCUUAAUAAAUAUGAUGAAAUGGAAAGUCUACUCUCUGGUUACGAGGAUAAGACGUAUGAAAAGUGGACAAAAAGUGUUGGUGAUGUCGCUCAACAGAACCUCGACAAGCCGCUCAUCGUUCGUGAUCCGCAGACAUUGUUAAUCAAAGUUAAUUUUGAUCCUGAGCUUAUCGCCUUACUUCGUGAAGUGAAGUACUUGGAGCAGGCGCAGAACGAGGUGAUCGAGACGAUUCCCGAGAGCGCGACGUGUGUCUACGAGCGUAACGAAACAUUUCACAAAUACUGCGCGAACCUCGAUCUCACAGUCGCUUGGUAUAACAACGUAAGACAAACGCUACUUGAAGUUGAGUUCCCGUUGGUCAAAGAACAACUCAAGGAGAUUGACGAACAGUUGGAACAGGCUGAAAAAACAUUGACGUGGAAUAGCGAUGGUGUUUGGGAGUACAUUGAGAGAAUCCGUGAUCAGGUUCAUGAUUUGGAACGUCGCGUGCAGUCGGCGAAAGACAACGUGGAGGCGAUCGGUCAGCUGAUGACGAAAUGGUGUGAUGCACCGUUGUAUGAACGAAGAGGCGAAAAGAGAGAGGGUCUAUUAAAUAUUGAGGAGAAGGAGAGUAUUCUCAAGAAACGCUACAGCAUGAUCGAGGAAUCAGGACAGAAGAUCCACGACCUAAUGAAGAAAAACCUUGAACUGUUCAAAGCAGAAGCAUCUACUGAAAUCUGGCGUGCGUACGUCGAUUACCUCGACGAUAUGGUCGUGGACGGCUUCUUUAACGCGAUCCACGCCUCGCUCAAUUACAUACUAGACAACACUGACCCGAAGACGAACACUUUGGCGAUAUUCGAGGCGAAGCUGGAACUCCAAGCACCAGACAUGGUGUUCAUACCAUCGCUAGACUAUGUCAGUGGCACCUACGGUUUCUACGAUAUGGUGGAGAGUGUCAUCAGUGAUAUUUAUUCCAUGGCAACGCUCGUCGCUAGAUUAGCAGAUCACAACGAAUCUUCGCAUUAUCAGGCUGAUUUGGAAGACAUGCUAGAGCUAUCUGAGAUGAGACAGGAGCUGAUGGAACGUGUUACGACGAUCAUAAACAAGGCCACAGAAUACAGAAAUUCCUUCGAUACCUACGCGUAUCUGUGGGUCGAUGACAGAAACGAAUUCAUGAGGCAAUUCCUGUUGUACAAUCACGUGUUAACAGCGGAAGAAAUCGAAGCUCAUGUCGAAGAGGGAGUACCCGAGUGCCCGCCAACGUUGGAACAGUUCAAGGACCAGAUUGACACGUAUGAGAAGUUGUUCGUUGAGGUGGACGGUUUCAAAGGAACCACGAUGUUUGAUACGUGGUUCUGUGUUGAUGCUAAACCAUUCAAGCAAGCUCUACUAAAUAUCAUAAAACGAUGGAGUUACAUGUUCAAACAACAUCUUAUUGACCAUGUCACAAACAGUUUGAACGACCUGGUCGAGUUUAUCAAGAUCGCUGAUGUUGGUCUCGCUCAGGAGGUGCCCGAGGGUGAUUACGAUGGUUUGGUUGCUGUUAUGGGUCAUUUAAUGGCUGUAAAAGAUCGACAAGCAGCUACUGAUGAGAUGUUUGAACCGUUGAAACAAACCAUUGAAUUGCUCAAGACGUACGGGCAAGAAUUACCCGAGGAAGUACACAUGCAACUUCAGGAAUUACCGGAACAGUGGAAUAAUUGCAAGAAGAAUGCAGUGACUGUGAAACAACAAGUCGCUCCAUUACAGGCAGCUGAAGUGGCCAUCAUCCGAAGGAAAUGUGGCCAGUUCGAUGUUAAACAACACGAGUUCCGAGAAGACUUCAGAAAGACGGCGCCAUUCAUGUUUAAUUCUCAGAAUGUUUACGAAAAGCUCGACAAGGCGAACGGUGAGAUUUGCGCGAUGGAGAAAGAGAUGAAGUUGCUCGGUGAAUCCGCGGGGUUAUUCGAGGUCAACUUCCCUGAUUACAAGCAACUGCGCGCGUGUCGUCGUGAGGUGGGGCUUCUCAAGAGCUUGUGGGAUAUGAUCGACGCGGUGCUCACGAGUAUCGAGGACUGGAAGACGACGCUGUGGAGCGAUAUUAACGUUGAAACCAUGGAGAUGGAAUGCAAGCGCUUCGUGAAGGAGAUACGAAGCUUGGAUAAAGAAAUGAGAGCGUGGGAUGCGUUCACUGGGCUUGAUUCAACGGUUAAGAAUAUGGUGACGUCGUUACGAGCUGUAUGCGAGCUACAGAAUCCUGCUAUCAGAGAGAGGCAUUGGCAACAGCUGAUGCAAGCGACGCAGGUGAAAUUCAUUAUGGACGAAGACACAUGCUUGGCUGACUUGCUGGCUCUUAAUCUUCACAACUACGAGGACGAGGUUCGUGGUAUUGUUGAUAAAGCCACCAAGGAACUUGGGAUGGAGAAGGUACUCGGAGAGCUGGAUGUCACGUGGUCUGCCAUGGAAUUCGAAUACGAGACCCAUCCACGCACACACAUCUCGUUGCUCAAAUCUAGCGAGGAACUCAUCGAAACACUUGAGGAUAAUCAGGUUCAACUGCAAAAUCUCAUCACGUCCAAAUACAUCGGACAUUUCCUGGAGGAGGUCUCCACGUGGCAGAAGAAGCUCUCCACCGUUGAUUCAGUCAUCUCGAUUUGGUUCGAAGUACAGCGAACCUGGUCUCAUUUGGAGAGUAUUUUCAUCGGUUCUGACGAUAUUCGCAACCAACUACCAGAGGACUCCAAACGCUUCGAUGGUAUCGACACAGACUUCAAGGAAUUGAUGAGUGAUGCUGAAAAAACUCCAAACGUUGUUGAAUGCUGUUGCAAGGAAGGCCUGUACGAGAAACUGGAAAAUAUUCAAGAAAGACUUUCUCUGUGUGAGAAAGCUUUGGCAGAGUAUUUGGAAACGAAGCGGCUUGCAUUUCCUCGAUUCUACUUCGUGUCCUCGGCCGAUUUGCUGGAUAUCUUGUCCAAAGGGAAUAUCCCUAUUGAGGUUGCUCGUCAUUUGUCCAAGCUAUUCGACAACAUGGCUGCGUUGAAAUUCAAGCAGAACGACGAAGGAGAGGAUCUCAAGGAAGCUAUAGGAAUGUUCAGUAAAGAGAACGAAUACGUGAACUUUGAUAAAGUGUGUGACUGCAAGGGACAGGUUGAGGUGUGGUUGAACAGGGUCAUGGAAGCCAUGAGAUCUACUGUGAGACAUGAACUAUCCGAGUCUGUUGUUGCUUAUGAAGAGAAAGCAAGAGAUCAAUGGCUCUUUGAUUAUCCAGCCCAAGUUUCUUUGUGUGGUACCCAGAUUUGGUGGUCAACAGAGGUCGGUAUAGCUUUUGGUCGUCUUGAAGAAGGCUACGAAAAUGCUUUGAAAGACUACUACAAGAAACAGGUGGCUCAACUGACGACACUCAUUAACCUGCUGAUCGGCGAUUUAUCAAAAGGUGAUCGUCAAAAGAUCAUGACAAUCUGUACGAUCGAUGUCCACGCUCGUGAUGUUGUCGCAAAGCUCAUACAGCAGAAGGUGGAGAAUGCGCAGGCGUUUGCAUGGCUCAGUCAACUGCGGCAUCGCUGGGACGACGCUUCUGCUCAUUGCUUUGCCAACAUCUGUGAUGCGCAGUUCAAGUAUUCCUACGAGUAUCUUGGCAACACACCACGUCUUGUCAUUACGCCCUUGACCGACAGGUGUUACAUCACUCUGACGCAGUCUCUCCAUCUACCGAUGAGCGGUGCGCCUGCUGGACCAGCCGGUACUGGCAAAACAGAAACGACGAAAGAUCUUGGACGAGCGCUUGGCAUCAUGGUGUACGUAUUCAACUGUUCUGAACAGAUGGACUACAAGUCCUGCGGUAACAUCUACAAGGGCCUCUCGCAGACCGGUGCCUGGGGCUGCUUCGAUGAAUUCAAUCGUAUCUCCGUGGAAGUACUGUCCGUUAUUGCUGUGCAAGUAAAAUCCAUCCAGGAUGCGAUCAGAGAUAAGAAGGAAAGAUUCAUCUUUCAAGGUGAAGACAUCUCCCUAGUACCAACUGUUGGUAUUUUCAUCACCAUGAAUCCUGGUUAUGCCGGCCGUACUGAAUUACCAGAGAAUCUGAAAGCUUUGUUCAGACCGUGCGCUAUGGUCGUACCAGAUUUCGAGCUGAUCUGUGAAAUCAUGUUGGUGGCCGAAGGCUUCAUCGAAGCCAGGCUGUUGGCACGUAAAUUCAUCACCCUGUAUUCACUGUGCAAAGAAUUGUUAUCAAAACAGGAUCAUUACGAUUGGGGUCUGAGAGCUAUCAAAUCUGUGCUGGUCGUGGCUGGAUCACUGAAACGUAGCGACAGAGAUCGUCCUGAAGACCAGGUUCUAAUGAGAGCCUUGCGUGACUUCAACAUUCCGAAGAUUGUCACCGAUGACGUACCGAUCUUCAUGGGUCUGAUCGGUGAUCUCUUUCCGUCACUGGAUGUACCACGUAAACGGGACAUGGACAUGGAAGAGAAUAUCAGAAAGGCUAUUCUAGACUUGAAAUUACAAGGAGAGGAGAGCUUUGUAUUGAAGAUUGUCCAGUUGGAAGAACUGUUGGCUGUACGUCACUCCGUGUUUGUCUUGGGUCCGGCUGGUACUGGAAAAACACAGGUCAUCAAGUCAUUGUUCAAAACAUACCAAAAUCAAAAACGAAAACCAAUGAUGGUGGAUAUCAAUCCUAAAGCCGUCACAACAGAUGAACUUUUCGGUUAUAUCAACCCAGCUACUAGAGAAUGGAAAGACGGUCUAUUCUCGACGUCGAUGCGUGACCUAUCAAACGUUGCAAACGACAGUCCGAAAUGGAUCGUUCUUGAUGGUGAUAUUGACCCUAUGUGGAUCGAAUCUCUGAACACCGUCAUGGAUGACAACAAAGUUCUAACCCUGGCCAGCAACGAACGUAUACCAUUGUCACCACCAAUGAGACUGUUAUUUGAGAUCGGUCAUCUGAAGACCGCCACGCCGGCUACUGUCUCACGAGCUGGUAUUCUCUUCUUGAACUACGCUGAUGUCGGCUGGAAUCCGCAUGUAUCCAGUUGGAUCGACAGCCGCGAAAUCCAGUCGGAGCGCGCCAAUCUUCAAAUUCUCUUCGACAAAUACGUACCAUCGUGCCUGGACACCCUACGAAACCGUUUCAAGAAGAUCACGCCCAUACCAGACAUAACAAUGGUGACCAGUCUUUGCUACCUGCUGGAGUGUCUGUUGACACCUGUCAAUACACCACCAGAUUGCAGUAAAGAGUUGUAUGAACUGUAUUUCGUGUUUGCUGCUGUUUGGGCCUUUGGUGGAGCCAUGUUCCAGGAUCAGCUUGUUGACUACAGAGUCGAAUUUUCCAAAUGGUGGGUGACAGAAUUUAAGACGAUCAAAUUCCCGUCGGCUGGUACGGUGUUUGAUUACUACAUUGACCCUGAGACGAAGAAGUUUGCGCCGUGGACGGAGAAAGUAACGAAAUUCAUAUUAGAUCCUGAGAUGCCAUUACAGGCUGUUCUCGUUCACACGGCUGAGACAACGCGUGUCCGAUAUUUCAUGGACCUACUGAUGGAGAAACGUCGCCCGGUGAUGUUGGUUGGUAAUGCAGGAACUGGUAAGACCGUUCUGGCUGGUGAUAAGUUUGCCUCUCUGGAUCCCGACGAGAUCAUGGUGGCUAAUGUUCCCUUCAACUACUACACGACCUCGGCCAUGUUGCAAGGCGUGCUGGAGAAACCCUUGGAGAAGAAAGCUGGUCGUAAUUACGGACCACCGGGCUCUAAGAAGUUGAUCUACUUCAUCGAUGAUAUGAACAUGCCUGAGGUGGACACCUACGGUACUGUAUCACCACACACACUCAUCAGACAGCAUCUCGACUACAGUCAUUGGUAUGACAGAAAUAAACUGACGUUGAAAGAAGUCCAUAACUGUCAGUACGUGGCUUGCAUGAACCCAACAGCCGGCAGCUUCACGAUUAACCCACGACUUCAGCGUCAUUUCUGUGUGUUUGCGGUCAGUUUUCCUGGCGUGGACGCUCUCAAGACCAUCUACCUAAGCAUUCUCCAGGGACACAUUUCCGUAAACAACAUCUCUAGUGCUGUGGCGAAAAUCAGCGAGAAACUUGUCGAUUGUGCAUUGGCCAUGAAUCAAAAGGUGACGAGCACUUUCCUACCGACGGCUGUGAAGUUUCAUUACAUCUUCAAUCUUCGCGAUUUGUCCAACAUCUUCCAAGGUAUAUUGUUCUCCACUGCCGAAUGUGUUAAAUCUCCAAUGGAUCUGGUGAGGCUGUGGAUGCACGAGGGAGACAGAGUGUACAGGGAUAAACUCGUGGAAGAAAAAGAUAUGGAAAUGUACGAUAAGAUACAGAAAGAUAUGACGACAAAGUUCUUUGAGGACUUCGAAGAGGCGGCACUCUACCAGCAACCAUUGUUGUUCACCCACUUCUCUGGAGGUAUAGGCGAGCCCAAGUAUUUGCCGAUACCCGACUGGGCCCACCUCAGCAAGUUGUUAACAGAAACCUUGGACAACUACAAUGAACUCAACGCCGUUAUGAACCUGGUUCUAUUUGAGGACGCUUUAGCACACAUAUGCCGUAUUAAUCGAAUUCUUGAAUCCCCACGUGGUAACGCUUUACUUGUGGGUGUUGGAGGCAGUGGAAAACAAAGUUUGGCAAGAUUAGCUGCGUUCAUCAGCGCUUUAGAAGUCUUCCAGAUUACUCUGCGAAAGGGAUAUUCCAUUGUGGACAUGAAGACUGACUUAGCAGCGUUAUGCAUCAAAGCUGGUUUGAAAAACAUCGGGACGGUGUUCCUGCUCACUGAUGCCCAGAUCCCGGAGGAACACUUUCUGGUGUUGAUCAACGAUCUCCUGGCCUCUGGUGAAAUACCUGGACUGUUCCCUGACGACGAAGUUGAGAACAUCAUAUCAGGCGUACGAAACGAAGUGAAAGGUGCUGGUCUACAGGACACCCGAGAAAAUUGCUGGAUGUUCUUCAUUGAAAGAAUAAGGAGAAAUCUAAAGGUUGUGUUGUGUUUCUCUCCUGUUGGAACGACAUUGCGUGUGAGAAGUAGAAAGUUUCCCGCCGUUACCAACUGCACGGCCAUUGACUGGUUCCACGAGUGGCCUGCUGAGGCUCUGGUCUCCGUUAGUCGUCGCUUCUUGGAGGACAUUGAGCAAGUUAAGGGCGACCAGAAGCAAUCUGUUGCAGAAUUUAUGGCGUUCGUUCACACCACAGUUAACCACAUGAGCGACGAGUAUUUGAUGUCAGAGCGACGCUACAACUACACCACACCGAAGAGCUUUCUGGAACAGAUCAAACUUUACGAGACACUACUUCGGAAGAAGAACAUGGAGUUGAUGCAAAAGAUGGAACGGUUGGAAAACGGUUUGCUGAAAUUGCAGAGCACAGCAUCACAGGUCGACGACCUCAAAGCGAAGCUUGCCUCGCAAGAGGUGGAGUUGCAACAGAAGAACGAAGAUGCGGACAAGUUAAUUCAGAAAGUUGGCGUUGAAACUGAGAAAGUCAGCAAAGAAAAAGCAAUUGCAGAUGAGGAAGAGAAAAAGGUUGCCGUGAUCGCCCGAGACGUCGCCGAGAAACAACGAUCGUGCGAGGCGGAUUUGGCGAAGGCCGAGCCGGCGUUGAUUGCUGCUCAAGAAGCUUUGAAUACUUUGAAUAAGAAUAAUCUAACCGAACUGAAGUCAUUUGGCGCACCACCCGCUGCGGUGACGAACGUCACGGCCGCUGUAAUGAUGUUGCUCUCACCGCCAACGAAGAUCCCUAAAGAUCGUAGCUGGAAGGCAAGCAAAAUCAUGAUGGCAAAGGUGGAUCAAUUUUUGGACCAAUUGUUGAACUACGACAAAGAGAACAUUCACGAUAACAAUCUCAAAGCCGUUCGUCCGUAUUUGGACGAUCCUGAUUUCCGGCCUGAGUUCAUAUCCUCGAAAUCUCUGGCCGCUGGCGGUCUCUGCGCCUGGGUCGUCAACAUCAUCAAAUUCUUCGAGGUGUUCUGCGACGUUGAACCCAAACGACUUGCAUUACAAGCUGCUAACGCCGAACUAGCUGCUGCCGAGGACAAACUUAGUAAAAUCAAAGCGAAGAUCAAGGAAUUGGACGACAACUUGGCCGAGUUGACCGCGUCGUUUGAAAAAGCAACUGCAGAGAAGCUGAAAUGUCAGGAAGAGGCCGAGAGCACUGCUCGGACAAUCUCGCUUGCCAAUCGACUGGUCGGCGGCUUGGCGUCGGAGAAUGUUCGUUGGGCCGAAGCUGUGCAGAGUUUUAAAGUUCAGUCGACAACUCUACCUGGUGAUAUCUUGUUGAUCUGUGCCUUCGUCUCGUACGGUGGCUGCUUCACCAGGAAGUACCGUGACAGCUUGAUGAAGGAAAAACUACCUGAGUUUAUGAAACAACAAAAGGUUCAAAUACCAAUCACCCAAGAUCUUGAUACGCUCACCCUGCUGACAGACAACGCCACCAUCGCUGGCUGGCAGAACGAGAGUCUCCCGUCAGAUCGAAUGUCAACUGAAAACGCGACGAUCCUCACGAACUGCGAACGAUGGCCGCUCAUGAUUGAUCCACAGCUGCAAGGAAUCAAAUGGAUCAAAACACGCGAAGGAGAGAGUCUGAGAGUCGUACGUCUUGGAGCGAAAGGAUUUCUUGACACAAUCGAACGUGCUGUCUCAAAUGGUGAUUGUAUUCUGAUUGAAAACAUGGGCGAAUCUAUCGACGCUGUGCUUGAUCCACUCAUUGGAAGAAAUACAAUCAAAAAAGGAAGAUAUAUAAAGAUUGGCGACAAGGAAACGGAAUACCAUCCUGACUUCAGAUUAAUUCUGCACACGAAGCUUGCCAACCCUCACUACAAGCCUGAGCUGCAAGCGCAAACAACUCUGAUCAACUUCACCGUCACACGAGAAGGUCUUGAGGAUCAACUGCUGGCCAACGUCGUUGCCAAAGAAAGACCUGAUCUUGAAGAAACAAAAGCCAAACUGACUCGUCAACAAAAUGAGUUCACAGUGAAGCUGAAAGAACUCGAAGAUUCGUUGCUGUCGCGUCUCUCAGCCGCAGGCGGGAAUUUCCUGGGCGAUACUGCGCUGGUUGAGAACCUGGAGACCACCAAGCGUACCGCGGCAGAGAUCGAAAUACAGGUUGCCGAAGCCAAGGUUACCGAGAUUAAGAUUAACGAAGCCCGUGAGCAAUAUCGUCCGGCGGCCGCCAGAGCUUCGCUGCUGUACUUCAUAUUGAAUGAUCUGAACAAGAUUAAUCCCAUAUACCAGUUUUCACUCAAGGCAUUCAACGUGGUAUUUCAGAAGGCAAUUGAACGCGCAGAGCCCAGUCAAGAGAUCAAGAUUCGUGUAGAUAAUCUCAUCGACUGUAUCACGUAUUCUGUCUUCAUCUACACAACCCGUGGUCUUUUUGAAGCAGACAAGCUUACGUUUACGGCUCAAGUUGCUUUUCAGAUCUUGUUGAUGAGAAAGGAAAUCAGUUCGACAGAACUGGACUUUUUGCUUCGCUUCCCAGCAGCUGUGAAUGUCACAACUCCGGUCGACUUUCUCUCGAACCAUUCAUGGGGAGGAAUCAAGGCACUGAGCAACAUGGAGGAAUUCCGUAAUCUCGACCGGGAUAUCGAGGGAUCAGCGAAAAGGUGGAAGAAGUUUGUGGAAAGUGAAUGUCCCGAGAAAGAGAAGUUCCCGCAAGAAUGGAAGAAUAAAACCGCUUUGCAGAAACUUUGCAUGAUGAGAGCUUUAAGACCCGACAGAAUGACUUACGCUGUGAGGAAUUUCAUUGAGGAGAAAAUGGGUAAUAAGUAUGUAGAGAACAGGACCAUUGAGUUUGCAAAAUCGUACGAGGAGACAGGUCCUGGUACCCCUGUGUUCUUUAUCCUCUCUCCUGGUGUUGAUCCGUUGAAAGAUGUCGAGGCAUUGGGCAAGAAAUUGGGCUUUACGAUGGACAACAGAAACUUUCAUAACGUCUCUCUUGGCCAGGGUCAAGAAAUCGUCGCUGAACAAGCUUUGCAGCUGGCCGCGAAAGAAGGACAUUGGGUUGUUCUACAGAAUAUUCACUUGGUGGCGAAAUGGUUGUCAACUCUGGAGAAGACACUGGAGGCGUACAGCGAGGGAAGCCACGAGAACUAUCGUGUUUACAUGUCUGCAGAACCGGCUGGUUCACCUGACAGUCAUAUCAUACCACAAGGUAUUCUCGAAUCUUCGAUCAAGAUCACAAAUGAACCACCAACUGGAAUGCUGGCAAAUCUUCAUCAAGCUUUGGACAACUUUAAUCAGGACACCCUGGAGAUGUGUGCUCGUGAAAACGAGUUCAAAAGCAUUCUGUUUGCUUUAUGUUACUUCCACGCUGUUGUCGCUGAGAGACGAAAGUUUGGUCCACAGGGAUGGAAUCGAUCGUAUCCCUUCAAUACGGGUGAUUUGACGAUCAGCGUGAAUGUUUUGUAUAACUAUCUUGAAGCUAAUGCUAAGGUUCCAUGGACAGAUCUUCGUUAUCUAUUUGGAGAGAUUAUGUACGGAGGACACAUCACUGAUGACUGGGAUCGCCGGCUCUGUCGAACAUAUCUUGAAGAAUAUAUGAAACCAGAAAUGUUGGAAGGUGAGCUCAAUCUUGCGCCAAGUUUCCCGGUCCCUGGAAAUAGCGACUACAAAGGCUACCAUACGUACAUUGACGAGGUUUUGCCACCAGAGAGUCCGUAUCUUUACGGUUUGCAUCCAAACGCCGAAAUUGGCUUCCUGACUGCCACCUCGGAUAACCUUUUCAAGACCGUGCUUGAGAUGCAACCACGUGACACUGGUGGUGGAGAUGGUGGCGGCGGUACGCGUGAGGAGAAGGUGAAGCAAGUUCUUGACGAGAUAUUGGAGAAGCUACCGGAUGAUUUCAACGUUCAGGAAAUGAUGGCGCGUUGUGAAGAUCGCAAUCCCUACGUGGUCGUCGCGUUCCAGGAAUGUGAGCGGAUGAGUAUGCUGACUAGCGAGAUGAGACGAAGUCUAAGAGAGUUAGAUCUUGGUUUGAAGGGUGAACUUACAAUCACUGCUGAUAUGGAGGACCUUUCAAAUGCUUUAUUCUUCGAUCACGUGCCUGGCUCGUGGGAGCGCCGUGCUUACCCAUCCAUGGCGACUCUUGCGGCCUGGUUCUCUGAUCUCUUGCUGCGCAUCAAGGAACUGGAGAGCUGGACUUCGGAUUUCUGUCUUCCGAACGUCGUCUGGCUUUCGGGUUUCUUCAACCCGCAGUCAUUCCUGACCGCAAUCGAACAAUCCAUGGCGCGCAAGAACGAAUGGCCGUUGGACAAAAUGACACUAUCCGUGGACGUGACGAAGAAAAAUAAAGAAGAUUUCAACAGUCCUCCGCGCGAAGGAGCGUACGUUCACGGUUUGUUCAUGGAAGGCGCCCGUUGGGACACCCAGACAGGUAUGAUCGCCGAGUCUCGACUCAAAGAGCUCACACCUAACAUGCCAGUCAUAUUUAUCAAAGCGAUCCCAGUCGAUAAACAGGAUACGAAGAAUGUCUACGAAUGUCCUGUUUACAAAACAAGACAGCGAGGUCCUACUUACGUGUGGAAUUUCUUCCUAAAAACCAAAGAGAACCCAGCUAAGUGGACCCUGGCCGGCGUUGCGUUACUCCUCAGCGCUUGAAUGCUUCGAGACGAGAAGGAGAAAUAUAACCGUGCGCGAUAAGUUUGUAACAAAAAAUUUCAGUAUUUGCCUAAUAGCAUUGUUGUGAAAUAGCCGUUUGUUGUUUGUUGUAUAUAGAGUUAAUAAUCCUAAAGUUUCACUGCCCUUACUUUGUAUAAUAAAUGAAAUGUAUUUUUUACCAACGACGUUUAUAGCCGUUGUUAACUUAUUUUUAACGAUACAUGAUAGCGGCAAUUUUGCCGCCCGAAGAAAGACUGUGUAAUAUAUAAUUCAGAUGAUUAUUUAUUAAACAGAAUGAUUUUAAA